AGCCGAGAGACAAGGGGGAAAGAAAAGAAAGACUGGAGUGGAGGAGGAUAGGAGCAAGGAAGGGGGAGACGGGGGCAGUUCUGUGUUGGAGGGGUUCGUGCAUAACUGGGCCGGGGUGGGGUGGGGUUCAGUACCACUACUACCACCAUUAUCACCACCCCCCCCAGCAAUGGAGGACGAGAGCAUCCCCCGGGUGACCUCAGCGCCCAAAUACACAAAGAAACCACGUUUUGAUGUGUCCCUAGUGCAUCUGACGCAACAAUUUAUGCAACUUGUGAAUGAGGCACCUGAUGGUGUCCUUGACAUGAACGAUAUUGCAAAGAUGCUUGGGGUGCGAAAGAGAAGGGUUUACGAUAUCACCAAUGUACUUGAUGGGAUUCGUCUUGUGAGAAAAAAAUCCAAAAAUUUAAUUGAAUGGAUAGGCAAGAAUCCACAAGAAAAACUAGCGUAUGAAGCCCAGUCUCGCAAAUUAAGAAAAGAACUGGCAGACCUGACAAAAGUAGAAAAUUCACUAGAUGAUUUAAUCAAAGACUGUGCUCAUCAGUUAUACACAUUAACAGAAGAUCAAGAAACUGCAAGACUAGCAUAUGUAACCUACCAAGACAUACACAGCCUGCAAGCCUUCAAAGAACAGAUUGUGAUUGCAAUCAAAGCUCCCCAAGAAACCAAAUUGGAGGUACCUAUUCCUAAAGAGGAAACUAUCCAGGUUCACUUAAAAAGUACUGAAGGGCCAAUUGAUGUCUUUGUAUGUGAGGUGAAAAACCUGGAAGAACCUUUUAAAAAGGGUACAGACGACAAAUCCAACGAAAAUAAAGGGACCUCUGCAGCUACAGAUUAUACAGUGACAAUACCACCUGAAGAAGGUGAAGAUGCUCUAUGUAUAUCUUAUUGGAUGCAGUGAACAGCAUUUUUACUUCAUAUUGUUGCAUGUUAAAAAUUUGAUUGGUAAGUUUUUUGGUGAUGAUAGAAAACCUACUUAGAAAUUGCCAUGUAUAGUUUAUGAAUUUUGAUGAAGUCAAAUGUAGAAGACUAGAUGAUAUAACUGUAGAUUUUAUAGUUCAUAUAUAAAGAAUAAGAAUCUGCAAAAUCUAACAAUGCAUUUCUCUUUAGUGUUGCCGUUUUAAACAACACAAUGCAACUUCAUAAUUCAUAAGUGUCUUGUUCCUUCUGAGAGUGACAGGUCAAUUCCAGUGGGACGUAGGUUUGAACCCAAUCCCUGAGGUUUGUGGUAACACUUUCUCCUGUGCUGUUUACCUCAGUUACAAUUUAAUUCAUGCUACAACAGACAGUUUCUUUAAGAAAAUGUUGAAAAUUUGGAUUUUCAUUCAGCAUGCUAAUUGACCUUACUACAGUUCAGGAAUUUUGUGGAACAUAUCUUACUUUCCCUCUGCUGCGUCUCAGUAGAAUAUAAUGGUUUUGUUUUGCUUUCAUAUGUUUGUAUACAUGUUAAUAGCUUUCUUGCUUAAAUAAUUAUGUGUGAAUUGAGGCAGAGUGAGUUGAGAGACCAUUUGAUUAUGUCAUCAUGGCUGACAUCUCAGCCAUGUUGAAUGCUUUCUUUCCUCAACUUCUGUGAUUCCAGCAAGAGUCAGUGAGUAAUGAUUAGGAGUUCAAACAGCUCUGAACGUGUGAUUGGUUUCCAGUUAAAAAUUCUAUGCUCAAGUUAUUUUCAGUAUUUUUUAUUUUAAGUCUCAUCUUGUGUAUCAUAUUUAGGGCAAUAACAUUAAACUACUUGAUCUUCAGAAUAUUUUCUUUUAACAUUAGUUUUUGAACUUGGCUGAUUUUCCUACAUUAUCUUCAAAUGUUUUUAAAAGCUGGAUUAGUUAACUCUGGUUCCUUUACUUCCUCAUCCAUUACAUUUCCAAAAUUAGAUACUGAACGGGUUUUAGAUAAAAUCAUUGUAAGGUUUAAUUUGAUUAUGAAUCAAUAAUAUUUAUCAUCACAAUAUGUGACCACCUGACAUCAAUCUAGGUGCUGGAAAUAACAAUACACACAGCCUGAUCUAUCAUGCAAAAUUUUCUUCAUUAUCGACUGAAGGCCUGUGCCAAAUUUGAGAGAGCUGUCCCAGCAGCCUGACAUAGUAAUACUCACCAAAUCUCACCUUACAGGCAAUGGCUGAUAUUCCACCUUCACUAUCCCUAAUCUAUCUUGUCCCACCAACAGGACAAUGUCACUAGAAGUGCUAUCACAGUUGUUUACAAUCAGUUGGGAAUUAAUGUCAUCAUCAUUGCUACUGGAUCCCAGCAAACCUCAUGGCAUCAGGUUAAACAUAGACAAGGAAAUUUCCUAUGGAUUGUGCCUACUGCUCCACUUCCCUCAGCUGAUGAAUCAGUAUUCGGCUGUGUUGCAUACCUUUUGGAAGAAGCAUUGAAGGUGACAGGGCUAAGAAUGUACCCUGCGUGAGGGACUUUUCUGUCCAUUGCCAGGAUAAUUUGCUCGAGCCACCACUGGCUGAAAUGGACAUAUCCUGCUAGAACUAGUAGCCUGGAUCUACUGCAAGUCUUGAGGUGGCCAACAAGAUCUACUUUAAACGUAUCCUCGCCAUCAUAUCUGUAGCAGUUGCAUCUCUCCAUGACAGUGUUGGUAGACAUACCCAUUACACAGACCUUAUAGAAAUACAGUCCUGAGUUUGCAGUAAUAACGAUGCAUGGCACUAACACCUGCUAAAUAGGAUAUAUCUAACAACUCAAACUGGGCAUCAGGUGAGGUGUUCAGGGCUGUCAGCAAUCUGUAAUCUUUAUAUAUUCCCAUUCUACCAUGACAUCACACAAUGGGAUCAACCCUGGUUCAAUGAAGACUGCAGAGAAUAUGCCAGGAACAGCACAAACGUACUUAAAAUUGAGAUGUAAGCCUGGUAGUGCUAUAAUACAGGACUACAUGCAUGCCAAUCAAAAUGAUCAGCAUGUGCUAAACAGAGCUAAGGAAUCCAACAGCCAACAGUUAGACCUAAGCUUUCUGGUAAUGCUACGCCCAGUCAUUCAUGGUGAUGGAUAAUUAAACAACUGGCAAGAGGAGGAUGCUGCACAAAUAUCCCCAUUGUUAAUAAUGGAGGAGUGAGGUAUAUCGGUGCAAAAACCAAAGUUGAAACAUUUACAGCAGGGUCCAGAAGUGCAGAGUAGAUAAACCAUCUCUGCCUUGCUCUUAGCAUUACAUUGCCAGUCUUCUGCCACUUUGAUUCACUCCAUGUGAUAUCAAGAAAUGGCUGAAGGCACUGGAAACUGAAAACGCUAUGGGUCCUUGCAGCAUAGUCCUGAAGACACAGACUCCCGAGCUUGAUAUCCUUUUAGAGAAGCUGUUCAAGUACAGCUACAACACUGGCAUCUACCUGACAAUAGAAAAUUGUCCAGGUUAUGUCCUGUGCACAAAAAUCAAGACUAACUUAAAUCAGCCAGUUGCUGUCUUAUCAAUCUAAUAUUGAUCACCAGCAACUGAUGGGUGGUUGUGCCAACAGUAUUACAAGUGGAAAUUGCUCAGCGUUAACCUGCUGACAUGCUUAGCACCCUUGUGUUCUGCCAAGGUCGUUCAGCUCCUGACCUCAUUGAGCCAAACAUAGACAAAAAAUCACAACUGCGGAGGUGAGGUGACAGUGACUAUUUUUGACUUCAGGGCAGCUCUGGACUGAACGUGACAUCAAAGGACCCGAGCAAAACUGGAGUCAAUGGCAAUUGCACACUCAGCUGGCUAGAGUCAUUCUUACCACAAAAGAAGUUGGUAUGGUUGUUGGAGGUCACUGAUACUCACUCCAUCAGGUCAGAUUUGUGGGCACACUCUGAGUAAUGUUUGGCGCAAUUUACAACUCCUUAGAUAUAGAAAUAUCAAUGCCUCUAUGUAGCAAGUAACAUUUCAAACCACAUAAAUGCCAGGUAAUGACCAUCGCAUCAAGAGAAUCCAAUCUCCCCUUGACAUUCAAUGGCAUUACCAUCACAGGCUUCCCAAUGAUCAAGACUUACCUGGAUGAGUGCAGUUCAAGCACUCAAGCUCGAUACUAACCAGGACAAAGUGUGCUUGAAUGGCACACUAUCUCAUAGUUCAAACAUUCACUUCUUCCCAUCAUUGAUUACCCGGUGCUGUCACUGUCUGUCAAUGAUGAAAGUUGCCAUCCACAAGGUGCACAGCAGUAACUCACUAAGGCUUCUCCGAAAGCACCUUCCGAAUCCAUAACUUUUACCUAGAAGAAAAUGUGAACUGCAGAUGCUGAAGAUCAGAAUCGAAGAUUGUGGUGCUGGAAAAGCACAGCAAGUCAGGCGGCAUCCGUGGAGCAGAAGAGUCGACGUUUCGGGUGUAAGCCCCUCAUCAGGCUGUACUUUUCCAGCACCACACUCUUCAGCCACAGCUUUUACCACCUAGAUGUUUAAUGGCAAUAAAUGGGAGGGAGUACCACCAUCUGCAACAACGUCCUAUGGCUUUGUUCCUUUACUGUCUGAUCAAAAUUUUGAAGUGUUCUGACUGCGCUGUGGGUGUACCUAUAGCAAACUGAUGGCAAGAAGGAGCUCACCAUGAAUACUUUAUGGGCAAUCAGUAACACCACAUCCUGUGAAAUUAUUUCAAAAAGUCUCCAAAUGAAAAAGGAGUGACUCUUAGUUUCACAGCAUAAGCAUUUUUUAUACAGCAAGCCUUUAUCUCCUAAGGUGUUAAUGCAGCUCUGUACCUGAUCAUCAGUAAGAUUGCCAGCCUUGCAACAUUGUCCCACGUUCAUCAAGAAUUAAUUUCCUGGCAGCCCAGGAGGUAAAGAAAAGACAAAAUUAGAAGUAUUGUGGAUCUUUCUUUUUAUUUUUAUCUUUUGUUAAUUAGUGUAAACAUUUUGAGGUCAUUAAAAUGAUUGGGCAGGGCAGUUAUAAAUGCGAAAUUAUGUCAUGAAAUCUCAGGAAUGCCCCUAAGUAGAUCUGACAAAUCUAAUCUGAGGGUUUUGUAAGCAGCAUAGGCAGAUAAUUUUGUAUUUCCCUUUUUUCCCCACUUCACCAUUGAUUACCUGCUCAGUUCAAAAUAUCACAUUGUGACCAUAACCAGUGCAACAUUUUUAGGUUAAGUGCAAUUUCAGA